UGGAAAAGUGCAGGUUGCACAGCCCGAGAACAAAGAAGCGCAGCUCCGCCGCCCGCCUGCCUUCGCUCGUCGCGCCCGCGCGCGCGCGCUUUCAGUCCUUUUAGUGUUGUUUGAGCUCUCUCGCGCCGCGGACGCAUGUCGACCGGGCUGCCCGUCCGCGAGGAGUGUGCCAGCUCGACGAUCGCCGUGACCGGUGCCGGGAGCGCAGCGCUCGUCGCCGACCUCGUGGCCGCGAGCGUCUCGAGGAUGGAGGAGGAGGCGCAGUUGGACGGCUCGCUACUGCGGCGAGCCUACUUCGCUGCCAAGAAGGGCAUGUCCAUGUGCCUCUACGUGAUGCUCAGCGAGCAGCCGGCCGAGAUCGGCAAUCGGCUCGUCAGCCAGGAGCUGUUGCAGUCGGACGGCCAGUGCUGCUCGCCCUUCGUCGCGGCCGCGAGAUUCGGCCACAACAAAGUGGUGAAAAUGCUGCUGGAAAAAUUCCAACUGGACCUGGAGCAGGAGGCAAGAGUCAAGUUCGACGGAUACGUGAUCGAGGGCGCCAGUGCCUUGUGGUGCGCGGCGGGAGUGGGACAUUUGAGCGUGGUGAAGACGCUGGUGAAAGCGGGCGCGAACGUUAACCACCCGACGAAAACCAACUCGACGCCCGUGAGGGCAGCCUGCUUUGACGGCAGACUGGACAUCGUCAAGUACUUGGCGCAUCACAAGGCCAACAUCCACAUGGCGAACAAAAAUAACAACACUUGCUUGAUGAUCGCCGCUUACAAAGGCCAUCUCGACAUCGUCAGCUUCCUAUUGGACAAUGGGGCGGACCCCAACGAGCAAGCUCAGUACGGAGAGACGGCUUUGCAUUUUGCAGCGGAGUGCGGACACUAUAGCGUAGUCAAAGCAUUGCUUAAGCACGGAGCGAAAAUGUCCAAAAGCGGUAAAAACAUGACUCCUUUAAUUUCAGCAGCGGAAAGAGCAAGGGCAGACAUUGUAGAGUGCCUCGUUGAGCACGAAGACGUGAGUAAGGAAGACACGAUCGAAGCUUACGAGCUUCUUGGCGCUUCCUUUGCCAACGACAAAGAUCACUAUUGUCUUGACAAAGCAUACAAAUACUUGCACAAGGCCAUGCUGCUAAGAUUUUCCGAUCCAGACAACGUUGUUGCAAAGCUUCUCUCCGAGCCAAUUCCUGCCUAUGAAAACUGGCGAGAAUCGGAGACCGUGCACAGGCUAGAAAUUAUCAAAAAUAAUCACAAUGCCCUUCACAUGGAGUCCUUAACCAUCAGAGAGAGAAUACUUGGAAGGCGAAAUCCAGACGUGCCUCAGCCUGUAAUCUAUCGGGGAGCUGUUUUUGCGGACAAUGCAAGAUUCGAUCGUUGCAUAGAUCUGUGGCUACACGCUUUAAGUCUACGCCAACUGAACAACAUGGCCAUUUCCAAAGACUUAUUACGAUUUGCUCAAGUUUUCUCGCAAAUGAUACACGUCGGAGUGCAAGUUAAAUUUGCCCAAGUUUUGAAUGUUUUGGAAGCAAGCGUCGUUGCCUUGGGCGCCAAUCAAAAGAAACUUGUAGAACCCGACCUGAAAGAUGACUCCGAACAAUCUGUAUCUGAAGAAGUCGAAUCAAAUCUAACAACAACGCUCUACAUUUUAGCAAUUUUAACCAAGCUAAUGACUUUGAACGAAAAAGGAUAUAACGAGACGGAUACUCGACGAGCUCACCACAUGGUCCACCAACUAUGUGCCCUUCAAAUGACAUUAAAAGAUGGACAAACCUUGCUACAUUUAGCAGUGAAUGCGGACACACCGGUAGACGACUUUCAUACGAGUGAUGUUUGCAAAUUUCCAUGUGCGGCGACUGCAAAAUUACUCAUUCAAUGUGGUGCCAAUGUGAAUGCAAUGGAUAAUGAAAGAAACACGCCUCUGCAUAUUAUUGUGCAAUACGAAAAGCCUAUAAGUGAUUUUCUGACGCUUCACUCAAUAAUAUUAGAUCUCGUGGAAGCUGGUGCUCACAUGGAUAUUGUAAAUAGUCAAGGAAAAACUCCUUUCAACGCUGCUACCACUGGAGUUGCAGAAAUAAUUCUUCGUACGCAGACAAAGCUAUCAUUAAAGUGCAUGGCAGCCAAAGCUGUUAAAGCGUACAAUUUGUCGUAUAGUGGUAAUGUACCUCGCUCUUUGGAGAGCUUCAUUGAGUUACAUGGUCCUGGAUUGAAUCAAGGAUGACGUCUUACCGCAAUAGGAAACUUUCAAUGUUUCUUGUUUAAAAUAAUAAUCUGCUGCCAAAAUCUGUAGAUAGAUUUUUUAUGAAGAUAUUUAUGUAAAAAAAUCAUUUUUUAAGGAUAGAACAAAGUAUAUGAAGUUAUGUAAAAUAAAAGUUUUAUUACUACUUGA